UACCCUUUCUCUUUCUUUUUUAGGUUGUUGCAGCUUCUUCUUCAAGAGACAGCUCUUUUUUUUUUUUUCCUUUUCUUUUCUUGUCUUUCUGGGUUUUCGUUUUUGUUCCUUUCACUGUCCCCUCGCCAGGCGAGUUUUCUUUUUCCCCAUCUCUUCUUGUUCUUUCCUGUUAAAGUUUUGUUCUUUUCAGAUCUGUUUACAAUUUUAUUAUGUAUUUUCGUGUCACUGCUUUAAAUCUUUGAUCCUUAGCUGGGUUGGUUCGUUUUGACCAAAAAAAAAAAAAAAAGAAGAAGCCAUAUUAGCAGUAGGUAGUAGCUAGCAAGAGAAGAGAACCCUUAGGUGUAUGAAGAAUUUGACCCUAUUUCUGUUGGGAUCUGCAGAAGGCCGGUUGAGUUAUUUACACGGUUGGGAGCUUUUGGAGGAUUCUUCAUCAUCUUUAAGGCUUUUUGUUUUCGGUCAAUGGAGGUAUACGGCAAAACCAUGGCUGUUGCCCCUGCAAAUGUUAUUUAUUUGUCUACUAUUCUGGGCCGUGAUGGUCCUAUCCCUGUUCACAAAUGCGAUUGGAAAUGUCAAAACGAACAUGUUUGUGGCAACAUGUAUCGCUGCAAACUAACUGGAAUUACACACAUCUGUGACAAGAACUGUAACCAGCGAAUCUUGUAUGAUAACCAUAGUUCCCUCUGCCGGGCGAGCGGCCAGGUCUUUCCCCUCACUCAAGCCGAGGAACAGGCGGUCAGAGGCGUCCGGAGGAAGUUUGAUGCCGACAAUUCCCCGUCCUCUGAUAGCUGUGGUUUUAAGCGCAGACGCGAUGCACAGUUCCACCCUUCUCCGUUCGAAAGAUCUUUCUCUGCUGUGAGUCCGAUCUACAGCCGAGUCGGAGAUGGCAUGGAUACUAGCUAGAUUAGAAAUUUACGUUACGUAUAAUUAUAGUAUCCUAUUAUUAACCAUAAAAAGACUCCUAUAUUUCCCUUUAAGUUUUCGAUUUUCUCAUGGGACAAAUAUGGAUAAUUUGACUUUGAUGUUCAUCGACGGUGGACCGAUGGGGUUCUACCUGCCUGUAGGAAAAAAACAGAACACUUUUAUUGCUUAAUGCUAUGUAGUUCCUCCUAGCUUCGUUGUGAAACUUAAGUUCAAUUCUGUUUCUUUCUAACUCUUCUUAUGUUAUUAACUUUGACAGCUACAGGGUUCUUGUAGGUUCUUAAAUUAGGAGUUGAAAUGUUACCAUGUUUUCGUUUCGUAGUUUCUGAUUUAUAUAUGUUCAUUCUUCUUUAUUUAUUUGUGGAUGUAUGGUGCUUUAAUUCAUUGCCAGCCUUGCUCUGAAUUGUAUUUAUAGCCUGGAACCAUAUCUAGUUUCAUGGUUUUUUGGCAUAUUUUAAUGUGAUUCUAUUUGUUGUUUUUUUGUUUGCCUAGUUGAAUGCAGGUUGAAGAGGGAUGUCAUGUUUUCCAUAUAUAUAUUCUAGUUUAUUUUAUCCUCUUCUUGUCCCUGUUUAAUUUCCUAAAGAUCCUGAAGUAUAUGUUGAUUUUGCAGGGCUUGAAAGUGUCCAAUUCAGGAAGUUUAAAUAUGCUUUUGCAAUAUUGAAUGAAUCUCUUCUUUUCCAUUUCUAGGUUUUGUGAAUUUAAAUGCCUGACUUAUUUUCAAUCAUUCUCAUGCAGGUAAUUUUGUCAUUGCUUGCGAUGGAUAGCGGAACCAAUGUGAAGGUGCCAUCUUAUGCUUGUUUCCUACUAGGGAUUUCCCAUAGGUUGCAAAGUGGUUCAACCAUACUCGAGUAGAACAUGUAUCAUUGCUGACUUCAGACGGCAACCAGCUUUGAUGGGGUGAAGAAACCAAUGGGGAACAUCCUUCUGUCUGGCUGGUUGCAGAAAUGAGUUAAUGAUGUCGACUUUCUCAACGGUAAUAGACAUUUAUGAACUGAAAAUGGAGUUAAUAGGCAAGUUGGUUGAUCCUCCUACUGUUUAAUUGCUUGAUCAAGUAGCUUGCUGUCAUCUCUAUCCUUAGAAAAUAGUAACAUACUGUCUGAAUUGUACUGAAUCAGCUGCCCAAAACCAUGAAGAACUGAGAUGGCCAGUUAUGGACCUGUGAGAAUCAGAUACUGCUUACCAAAAGGCUUAUUUGUCUGGCUAACAAUUAUGGGGAGUUCAGUUUAGCCGGUGAAGUGGAUCUUGUUUAGCUGAAUUGAAACAUUCAUGUUCUGGUCCCACAAUGGUGUCUGUUCCAUUGUUUGCUCAUACAUGUUGAUCAUUGCCAACAAGUUCUUGUCUUGGCUUAAUGACAAAAUUGCAAUUCUGGUUCAGGUUUGAGUCUCAUUUGCGGGUUCUUGUUUAGGUUAAUUUUGAUCAUAGACUGGAAAUCUGUUGGUUAUGUUUUUUGUAAUGUUUGAUUUAUUUUUAUUAUUAAAAAUAUUGAUUAUCAUUUAAAGUUAA